AUGAACCCUGCUAAACCGUUACUGAAUGUGGUAUUACUUCUCUCCCUUGUUUUCCCAAUUUACGUUUCUCUUGAUACCAUAACACCAAACCAGCCCAUCAAGGACGGUCAAACUCUACUCUCAAACCAAAAAACCUUUGCACUUGGAUUUUUUAGCCCCGACAAUUCCAACCGCCGCUACGUUGGAAUUUGGUAUUACCAAAUUACCGAACAAACUGUUGUGUGGGUUGCAAACAGAGACAAUCCUCUCAAUGAUACCUCCGGAGUUCUCUCCAUCAACGAUCAGGGAAACCUCAUACUCCACUCCCAAAACCAAACCAUUCCCAUUUGGUCUGCUAAUGUUUCUGUUUCACUCUCAACCACAAAAAAUUCUAUGGCUCGGCUCUUAGAUUCAGGGAACCUUGUUUUGGUUCAACAAGACAACCAAAGGGUGCAGUUAUGGCAAAGCUUUGAUUAUCCCACCAAUACUAUGCUUCCACUUAUGAAAUUGGGGCUAAACCGGAGGACCGAGCUAAACAAGUACCUAACAUCAUGGAAAUCCAAAGAUGAAAUGGGAACCAGCAAUUACUCGUUAGGGUUGGAUCCAAGUGGGUAUCCCCAGUUUUUCUUCUACAUGGAUCGAGUUCCAUUAUGGCGAAUCGGAUCUUGGACCAGCCAAGGAUUGGGCAGUGUACCCGAAUUGGCACCUAAAUUUUUUAAUUUCACCUUCAAUUUUAUCUUUGUGAAUUAUCAAGAUGAGAUCACCCUCAUGUAUGAUAUAAUUGAUCUCAAAGCUCUUCCUAAAACUAGAUUCGUUCUGCAUGAAUUAGGAACAUUGCAAUUCUUCAUUUGGUCUGAGAGUAGAUGGGUGGGGAUCCUGUUCAAAUUCGAGUAUUGCGAUAAGUAUUUGGUUUGCGGUCCAAAUGGUUACUGUGAUCUGUAUAAUGUGGACAAGUUUGUGUGCAUGUGCUUACCUGGGUUUGAACCUAAAUCACCCCAUGAUUGGUACUUAAGAAAUGGGUCACAUGGGUGCGUGAGGAAGCAAGGAGUGCCCACAUGCAAUACUGGAGAAGGAUUCGUAAAGUUGGCACAUGUGAAGGUGCCCGACACUUCAAAAGCACUUGUAAACAUGAGUUUAAAUUUGGAAGAGUGUGAGCGAGAGUGCUUGAGGAAUUGUUCGAGUACGGCUUACUCAAGUACAUAUGAGAGUGAAGGGAUUGGAUGCUUGAGAUGGCAUGGGGAGUUGGUGGAUACAAGAACAUUUUUUGAUGUAGGACAAGAUUUAUACAUACGCGUGGAUGUUGUUGUACUAGGUAUAUUUUAUUAUUUUACAAAGCUUCAUCUAUUGGUCUUUUUGACUUCAUAUAAUGUUUUUGAAUUUACCAAAUAUGUGACACUGCCAAAUACCUGCCCCAACAAUAAUACUUGA